AUGGACAGUCCUCAUGAUAUGUCUUCAUCGCGGGCUUCUCGGGUUGUCCAACCUAUCAUAAGUGCCUUUUUAACAGGAGCCACAAAAAAUUAUUGGGCUGGUUUAUUUGGGGUUAAGUCGAUUGGAAAGUCGUCCUUUCCCCCUGUCUUUGUCACUUGUGAUAAGGUUAGUGGUAAGGUUGCUUUGUCUAUCCCUAACCAGGUGAUUGACCACAACAUUGUUGUCAUGGUGCUCACCCUUGUUGGAAAGUUCUCUGGGCCUAGACCCAACAUUGACUCAAUGAGGAUUUUUGUUAGUCAAAGGUGGAAGAUUAAAGGGCAAGUUGAGGUUUCAGCCCUCCCUCGGGUUUUUUUCUCCUUUGCAUUCUCAUGCGCUGAGGAUAUUCCUACUAUUCUUUGUGGUGGCCCUUGGAUUAUGGGGAAAUCCUCUUUAACCCUUAAGAAGUGGAGUCCGAAUAUGGACUUGUCUGAUUCCUUUUUUGAAACCAUUCCUAUCUCGGUCAAGCUACCAGGGCUUCCUCUGGAAUAUUGGCAUGAAGAUACUUUCAAGGGCAUUACUGGAGUGUUUGGUGAACUUCUAUCCAUUGAUCCUAUGAUGGUUGCUAGGAAAACAAUGGUCUAUGCCAGGAUUUGUGUGGGGGUGUCUAGAUCUAAGGAUAUUCCUUUGUCAGUUGAGCUGGUGUCGAAGUUGGGAAUGUUAGUUCAAACUAUUGAGUUUGAAUCAUUACCUUUUGUUUGCUUCUUGUGCAAAAAGGAUGAAGAAGAGAUAACUAAGGAGAAUGUGGUCGCUGUAAAUAAAGAAGAACAGAAUGUUGUUAUUCUAGACACCCUGCAGUCCUCGAAGGUUGAUAGUGCGACUGAUUUGGAGGGAAUCGAAUUUGAUGGAGAAAUGAACUAUACUAAGGUGGUGUCGAAGAAAAAGAAAUCACAACAGAAUCCUGGAGUUACUACUCGCAACAGAGGGAAGGUAGACUGUGGGCCACCCCGAAGUGCAGGGAAAAAAUCUAACAGGUGGAAAAGAGAGUAG